GUGUCUCUCUUUAAUAUUUUUCAUAGACGUUGAUAUUUUACGUGAAUUUUUCAAUUAGAUUUUGCAUAAACAAUAAUCAUAAAAUAAAGUAAUUUAAAUACGUGUUAAUAUCCUGUAAAAGACAAAACGAAGAUGAAAUACGAAAAAAAUUACUUAAUAUCAUUAACAUUAUUUGCAGUUUUAUGCAAAUUGCCAGAGGCUUUUGGAGCUAAAACCAAUUUUGUGACUUGCGGUUCCAUAAUCAAACUCCUAAACUCUGAUUAUGGCAUGCGUUUACAUUCACAUGAUGUUAAGUAUGGUUCUGGUUCGGGACAACAGUCUGUUACAGGCAUUGAACUAAAGGAAGAUGUCAAUAGCCAUUGGGUAAUUAAAGCACCUACGAAUAAAUAUUGUGAUAGAGGCGAACCCAUCAAAUGUGGUGACACCAUACGUUUUGAGCAUUUAAGUACAAAGAGAAAUCUACACUCACAUUUCUUCUCGUCACCACUAUCGGGAGAACAAGAAGUUUCGGCUUAUGGUGAUAAUGGUGUUGGAGACUCCGGUGACCACUGGGAGUUGAUUUGCAGCAAUAAUGAGUGGGUGCGUGAUGCUCAUAUACGUUUGCGUCACAUUGAUACCGGUGCUUACCUUUCUAUGUCUGGUCGUUCAUUUGGUCGCCCUAUCUCUGGUCAAAUGGAAGUUGUGGGCAUUAGUAACCCUUCUCAUGGUACAAGAUGGACUACAGCCGAAGGUCUCUUCAUUGUACCGAAAGAAAAAGAGACUGAAUACGCCCACACUGAGUUGUGAGUUGGUACUGCCCCUCCAGACACUACUAUUUCAUAUUUCUUUUAGUGGCAAUUGUGUAUUUGCUAAAUUUUUUUUUAUAAUUUUUCUAGUUUAAUUAUAUGAUUUAUUAUGUAUUUGUAAAAUCCAAAGUUGAGUUUUUGGUGAUGAUGACAAUUUUAUUAAUUGUUUUUUAUUUUUGUGUAAUUAUAUACUGUGCUCACAUUGAUACACGUUCCGAAUAAUAAACAUAUUGAAAAUACUGUAAUGUAUUAUGAAAAGACCAAAUAAAUGUUACUGUUUUU